UCAUUUGGCUUCGCGAUGCGCAGGCGGCGGAAAGUUUUGAAGUCCGCGGGACCUGGGUGGGAGCCAGGCUGUGGCGCUCCGGGCCGUGUGACCUUAGUCUCAUCAGACCAGAUCGAGCAGCUGCACCGCAGGUUUAAGCAGCUGAGUGGAGACCAGCCCACCAUUCGCAAGGAGAACUUCAACCAUGUCCCUGACCUGGAGCUCAACCCGAUCCGAUCCAAGAUUGUCCGUGCCUUCUUCGACAACAGGAACUUGCGCAAGGGAUCCGGCGGCCUGGCCGACGAGAUCAACUUCGAGGACUUCCUGACCAUCAUGUCCUACUUCCAGCCCAUUGACACCACCAUGGACGAGGAGCAGGUGCAGCUGUGCCGGAAGGAGAAGCUGAGAUUUCUGUUCCACAUGUACGACUCGGACAGCGAUGGCCGCAUCACCCUGGAAGAAUACCGAAAUGUGGUUGAGGAGCUGCUGUCGGGAAACCCCCACAUCGAGAAGGAAUCUGCUCGUUCCAUCGCCGACGGGGCCAUGAUGGAGGCGGCCAGCGUCUGUGUGGGGCAGAUGGAGCCUGAUCAGGUGUACGAGGGGAUCACCUUCGAUGACUUCCUGAAGAUCUGGCAGGGGAUAGACAUCGAGACCAAGAUGCACGUCCGCUUCCUGAACAUGGAAACCAUGGCCCUUUGCCACUGACCCCGCUGCCUGCCCCGCAGAGAGGUGGCAUUUGGCUCCGGGCAGAAGUCAGCACCCGUGGCCUGCACAGAGGCCCGCAGGCGUCCGUUCUCCUGCCGGAGCUCCUGUAAAUACUCAAUACUCCGCGUACCUCUCAUUUUCCCAUAGGGCAUGGCAGGUGGGACUUUGCUGUUUUUAUCUCUAAUAAAAAAGAAGAGAGGGUUUGUUAAUGAA